GUUAUUGGUCUAAGAGGACGUCCUAAGUUUGAAAUUGAGAGGCAGCAGUUGGUUGAGAUGUUGGGGACAAACCUAUCGGUGCCUUGCAUUGCAAAACUGCUAGGUGUUUCUUCCAGUACAAUCUUUAGAAGGAUGAGAGAGUUUGGCUUAUCUGUUUCAGAACUUUAUAGCUCCAUCAGCGAUGAGGAGUUGGAUAACGUGGUCAUAUCUAUCAAGAAUGACAUGCCCACUGCUGGAUACCGAAUGGUCAAAGGACGGUUGUUAUCUAUUGGUCUACGUGUACAAUGGACAAGAAUGGCUGCCUCAAUGCAUCGAGUGGAUUCCAUAGGCAUCCUCUCCAGACUGGCUAGUCUGGGCUGUGUUGUGAGGAGAACAUAUUCAGUGCGAGGGCCUCUCUCGCUUGUGCACGUGGAUACCAACCACAAAUUGAUACGUUAUAACAUUGUCUUAUUUGGUGGAGUGGACGGGUAUUCGAGAAAGGUAAUGUACUUGGGUGCUUCGACCAACAACCGUGCGUCAACAGCCUAUGGCUUCUUCCUAGAGGCAACACAAAGACAUGGAGUGCCUUUAAGGGUCAGAGGAGACCAAGGAGUAGAAAACGUACAGAUAGCGAGAUUCAUGUUUUCGGUUCGCGGCACCGACCGUGGAAGCUUCAUCUCUGGUAAAAGUGUUCAUAACCAGAGGAUUGAGCGUCUUUGGCGUGAUGUACGAGUCAUUGUCACCAACAAGUACUCUGCGAUACUGCUCUCCCUCGAAGAGGAUGGUCUGCUCGACAUCUCAUCAACAGACGACCUCUUCUGUGUGCACUACAUUAUUCUUCCCCGACUUCAGAUGGACUUGGGGAUUUUUACAGAAGGCUGGAACCAUCAUCCACUCAGCACUGAACGGAACCAAUGUCCAGAGCAGUUAUGGCAACUUGGACUGAUGCAGACAAACAUUGAUCAGCCGGAGAGCCCUGAGGAGCCAGAUGUUGACUGGGAAAUUGCUGCUGACCACGAUGGAGAAGAGGAUGCAGGGAUUGUCGUCCCCGAAUUCGACUGCCCUUUGAGUCCAGAAGACAUAACUGAACUUCAAUCAGUAUUUCAGCAAAUUGACCCAAACACUCCGGUCAAGGAACUGUACUUACUCUGCCGUGAGUAUGUAGCUGAAAGAUGUGGCUCUUAAGAAAUACAGCUCCCUUGA